AUGAAGAGGAUUGCUAGAAGAGAUUCGCCUCCGCACAAGAGGUAUAGACGCGACCCUGGAUCGAACGGUAGAGAUUCAAGUAGUUAUAGAGGCUAUGGGAGUGUUGGAAAUCGGUCGAGACCCAUGCAGCAGUCACCAGUUUAUGAGAGGCGUAAUCCUCGACCUGGGAGUUCGUCUUUCUCUCGCUCACCACGUGAGUAUGGCGAUUCCGGGCGUCAAAGCGGUUCGGGGAGUUACCAUUCUGGGCCCCCAAUUCGUCGAUUUCCUCAUCGUUCGUCCGGAAGCAGUGGGAACAUGCGUUCCUCCGAUGUGUACAGCCAGGGAAGUUCACACUCAGAUCGGUUUCUUCAAGGUUUGGUACCCGGCGGAGAAUUAGUCGGGCCUUCAGGCACGAAAAUCGAUCCUGUUUUUGCAGCAGCAGCUGCGGCUGCCCUGAACGCUACACUUGCCGCUCCUUCCGUCUCCUCCUCGAAUAUGUACUCACAUAAUUCAUCUGCUACCGUUGCUGCCGUGGCAGCUGCUGCUAUGAAUGCCGCUGCAAUCGCAGCUGCACUUGGUGGUGCCUCUAACCAGUCAAACGGUGGUCCAGGAUCGAAUUUCCAGCUUCCUGGAAUGCCUUCUCAAUCAACACUCAAGGGGAGUAGUAGAUCACCAACUUAUGAACGUCGCGGUGGCGGCUAUCGCGGUGAAAGGCUUCGAGAACGUGACUCUCCAAAUUACAGAAGCGAAAUGCCGCGUAGAACUUCCAGCACCCUUGGAGGUGGCCAUCCCAGCCCUGAAGACGAUCCAUCAGCUACUCGUACUCUCUUUGUGGGCAACCUUCCUCCGGACAUCCGUAUUUCGGAGCUGCGUCAGAUUUUUGACGUAUAUGGUAUUUUAGAGGAUGUGGACAUUAAGCGUCCCCAAUCUUCAAAUUCCAAUGAGCCUGCUUACGCAUUUUUGAAGUACGUCAAUGUCAGUAUGGCCUAUAGAGCCAAAUUGGGGAUGACUGGUAAGCGGAUAGCUGGCUACAUUUGUAAAAUCGGCUAUGGCAAAGUAACACCAACGCGUUGUUUGUGGGUUGGCGGUUUGGGACCUUGGACAAACUAUCCCAUGUUCGCAUCAUUGGUGGAACGGUUCUCUCGCCCAAAGAAGAUUGUUUGGCCGUCGGGGAAGGGCUAUGCUAACAUACUUUAUCAUUCAACCGAGGCAGCUGCUUCAGCCGCCAACUUACUUCGUGGCUAUCCUCUAGGGACUGGAAACCAUCGCCUUCGCGUUGAUUUUACUGAUGAGUCGCACAUGCUUAUUUCGGGAACUAUAGAUUCUCUUCGGCGUGGACGACCUGGUGGAAGUGGUGCAAGUGAUCGGGCCUACCGUCCUAGGCGUGAAUCCAACCGACAUCCCCGUUCUGUAUCCCGGUCACCUGUCCGACCACCGAGUCGGAGGACAUCCUCGUCGAACACAUCUUCUGCAACUAAAAGUGCUACACCUUGCCCCUCCUCACGGUCUAGGUCCAGAUCUCCCUCUCCCACAGUAGCUGUCCCCGAAGACAUUUCGCUGGAAACGGCCUGUAGUAUUGAGGAGGUUGCUGCAUGUCUAGCCGGGCCUGUUUGGAAGGCAGUAUUCGUGCUAAAGAAGAGUAACUUUUCCUGCCGUUUGCAUGCAGUGUCAGGAGACUCGGCACUUGCCGAUCAGUUGUUUCCACGUCAACAGCCUAAACCCCCGCAGACACCGCCCGACGAUGAGGAUGAUAAUGGAGGCGGAGCGGUAGGGCCGGUUGUGGGUCGAGGUGAGGAAAAGCGAUCUGCUGGCUCACCAGAAAACAAUAAUAAUAGUUGUGCCGUAGAACCACCUUUGUUGCGAAUCAGUCAGCGGAUGAAGAUGGACCCAGCGAAAUUGGAAGAUGUGCGGAAACGCAUGAAGUCGGUGGGGACUAGUGGUUAUUGUGUUCUGUUAGCCACCGAAGCCGCAAAUGAUACGAUUGCAUCUGCUGGGGCGGAAAAUCAUAACCGCCCGCUACGAGAUCUUAUCAACUACCUUGCGAGCAAAGAGGCAGCUGGUGUUGUGCUGAUGAGUAGUGAUCAAGAACAUCAACAGCAACAGCAAGGUGUCGAGGAUCAGCAGAGAUUGGAAGGCGAACCCUCCGGAGUCCUUCAUGUUCUCCCUCCAGGGGAGUUUGCGGUCUCCUUGCUGGUAGAAGGAGGAGCAUCGUGUUUGCGUGAGAAACGAGUGGAACCGGGAGACAAGUAUCUCGUCAUUCUUUUGCUGAAGAACUAUGGUCUUGUGUAA